AUGGGAAGCGUCCUGAUGUGGCUAAAAAAAUUGAAAAUGUUGAAAUACAAACAUCUGUUUGACAACAAUUCGCAGUUUGUUCUUUCGGAUCUCGACGAAAUUCUUAACCAAGAGUAUCUUUUAUCGCUGGAUAUUUCACAAGAAGAUGCUGCAGUAAUGCUCAGCUCGUAUCUCGAUUGGUUCACUGUUUUCAAUGCGCAGCGAUUAAGCAGCUUAUCUUCAUCGGGCUCAACAGUGCGAGUGCACCGAACCCGUGUCAGCGAUUCAUUCCGUACGCCUUCGGAUGCUUCGUCAUCAGCGUAA